UUCUUUCCGCCGGGCAGGGGCAGUGGCGGCGGGGAUGGCGCAGCUGGAGGGGUACUACUUCUCGGCCGCCUUGAGCUGCACCUUCCUGGUGUCCUGCCUGCUCUUCUCCGCCUUCAGCCGGGCGCUGCGGGAGCCCUACAUGGACGAGCUCUUCCACCUGCCGCAGGCGCAGCGCUACUGUGAGGGCCACUUCUCCCUGUCGCAGUGGGACCCCAUGAUCACUACGCUACCCGGCUUGUACCUGGUGUCGGUCGGGGUGGUCAAGCCCGCCACGUGGAUCUUUGGGUGGUCAGAACACAUUGUCUGCUCCAUCGCGAUGCUCCGAUUUGUCAACCUGCUCUUCAGCGUCGGCAACUUCUAUUUACUGUACCUGCUUUUCCGCAAGGUGCCACCCAGACACAAGGCCGCCUCGAGUGUCCAGAGGAUCUUGUCCACCCUGACCUUGGCAGUGUUCCCCACACUCUACUUCUUUAACUUCCUUUAUUACACAGAAGCGGGCUCGCUCUUUUUCACUCUCUUCGCCUACCUGAUGUGCCUGUACGGCAACCACAAGACGGCGGCCGUGCUCGGCUUCUGCGGCUUCAUGUUCCGCCAGACCAACAUCGUGUGGGCCGCCUUCUGCGCCGGCAACGUGCUGGCCCAGAAGCUCUCGGAGGCCUGGAAGGCGGAGCUGCAGAAGAAGGAGGAGGAGAGGCCCUCUGCGGGCAGGGUGCCCCUCGCGGACCUCCGCAGGCUCCUCCGGUUUCUGUGGGUGCACGCACUGACCCCCAAGAACCUCGGCGCGCUCUUGCUGGCCACGUGGCCCUACGCCGUCUUGGGCUGUGCCUUCUGUGCGUUCGUGGCCAUCAACGGCGGCAUCGUGGUGGGUGACCGCAGCAGCCACGAGGCCGUCCUGCACCUGCCGCAGCUCUUCUACUUCCUCUCCUUCACCCUCUUCUUCUCCGCUCCACACCUGCUGUCGCCUGGCAAGGUGAAGGCGUUCCUCGGCCUCGCGUGGAAGCGCAGGAUGCAGUUCUUGGCGCUCACCCUGGUCUGCGUGUUUGUGGUUUGGAAGUUCACGUAUGCCCACAAGUACUUGCUAGCAGACAACAGGCACUAUACGUUCUACGUGUGGAAGAGAGUCUUUCAGAGGCACGCGCUUGUCAAGUUUCUGUUGGUUCCUGGCUAUGUGUUUGCUGGUUGGAGUAUCGCCGACUCCCUGAGAUCGAAAUCCAUUUUCUGGAAUUUAAUGUUUUUCGUGUGCGUGGUCGCGGUCACAGUUCCUCAGAAGCUGCUAGAAUUCCGUUACUUCAUUCUACCCUACAUUAUCUACAGGCUUAACAUACCUCUGCCCCCCACAUCCAGACUCGUCUGCGAACUGGGUUGUUACGUGGUUGUUAACUUCCUAACCUUUUAUAUCUUCCUGAACAAGACCUUCCAGUGGCCAGAUAGUCAAGACAUUCAGCGGUUCAUGUGGUAAUGUGAGGACAUUGUG